GUUACCAGUACAAGAGAAAGAACACAUCGCGCGAUAAUCUCGUUCCCGACCCCCCCCCCCCCCCCGAGGUUUUAGCAAGAAAGAAUGGUGGGUUUUCGCCCACUUGGAUGGAUGGGGAUUUCCACCGCAGUCACUCUCGUUUUUCUUUUGGUAUCGAUUAACGCCUUGGGCAACGGCAGCGGCGAUUUAUCAUCUUCGUACGUGUCGGUCCGUGCCCUGGACAAUUAUGGAAACGCAGUCCAAUUGAGUCACGCAAAAGAAGCUGCCCAGCGAUAUGGGCGAUCCGUGGUGGUUGCCGUCGUCGAUAUUGUGCAUGAUCAAAACAACAACAGCACGGGAAAGCAGCCGGAGAUAUCGCGUGCAAAUGAGCAUAAGGAGCACCAAACCGAAUCAGUUGAAGAAUUUCAUUCGUCGUCCUUUCUCAUGGUGAUAUCCCUGGGUAAUUCCCCAAUCUUGCACCCCAUCCAACUUCCACUCGAGAGUGAUCCUACAUCCUUGCUUGCCAUUUGCUUUACGGGCGUUAAAGGUGACGCAAACUGGUUGCUCCAGCAAAUACAAAAAUACGCAGCGGAUGUAUGGGAACGCUACGGUACGACAGUGAUGUCAGUUCCUGCUGUAUCCCAUGUUGUUGCGAGACUCUUGGGGAGAUUUGCAGCGCAACCGGAAGAUCGGGAGUGGCAAUCUUCCCUCGGUUUGCCUGGAAAACACGACAGCGACGACGACCACCAAUCCUCCUGGUCUCGGCCCCUUGGAGUACAAACCAUGAUCCUAUCGACCGGGGUCCAGGAUGUUCAAAAACCGAAAUUGCUGAUAGUUGAACCGUCAGGGCGUGUGUUGAAUCCCCUGGCACGGAGCGCGUCGGGUUGUGUGUCUCUGGCGGCCAUGGGAAAGGAAAGUGACAAGAUUCAAGCACGACUUAGUCGUCUUAUUAGUGGUAAGGAGCAAGAGAGAAAGACAGGUAUCGGUCCUUUUUCCUUCUCAUCGUCCACCAGAGAUGAAACUCAGACGUCGUCGUGGGAAGAUAUUCCUCCGACCUACGAGAGAUGCCGAGAUUCACUCAUUCGAGUGCUCCUGGAAGAGACUACAGGUAGCAAUACCAAUAACAUCGGUAGUCAACAAAAUAAUGGCGGUGGUGAAAUCAUGGUUGAAGGCUAUUCAUUGGACAGAGGGCAAAUCGAACGGCAGAUCUUUCGUUACGAAAAUGCUAAUACAUUUGUCCCGUUGUAAUGUCGCAAAAGGUGUUUCGGUCUCAUUGAGAAGUGCAACGAUAGCACAGACGUUUCUCCAUGGCGCUAUAUAACGUCCCAUGUCCCAACUUCUUCUUCGAUGGUAGCAAAAGGCGACACAGCCGAAAUCGAAGUUGCUAUCAAACUGUUCUCUAUUUCGCUAUUAUGGAUAACAGUGCCACAAGAAGGGGAGAAUGUUAUAGUAGACCGUUGCAGCCCAAGAACCAUUUAUUAGAAAUUUGGUACAAUGACAUCCUCAAAGACAGGGAGGAAUGGUUCACUUUAUAACAUUGAACAGAGUGAAAAAAAAUCGCGUUGAAACACAAAUUGGCAACCUAAAACUGCACUGAUGAUGCCAAAAAUCUGCUUUGCCAGAAAUUGCUCUGCAAAAUUGAAGUUGGAGGCUUCUCUUGUAAAGUUGGAAUGAUAGACACCUGCUUUAACGCUUCUUCGUUUUGUUGUAUGGGUACGAGUAGUUACUUCUAGGAGUCUCUGUUAAUGAAUUGAUGGGAUAUCACAUAUCAAGGCCCGUUCCCUGAAGUACUACUACUUGUGGUCUCUCAAUGAAGACAAAAUAUAGUUCCGAGACUACCGGUACCGUACGUACAGGUACGAGUUCGUAUCUUGUAUCUCGUACUUCGUACUUUACAGUAACGAAAUCCAAAUGAAUAGUUGACGGCCAGGCCAAACUGAUACAUGACCAAUAACCGCAGAACAAAAAAUCGAUCCUUUUCUGUCACAUUUUGUGAGAACACGACGUCGUACUUGUACGCGUACGUAAUUCGCACCGUACAGUUUUCUACGAGAGGAGGAAAUCUCGAGAUGAAGGGAAAAAUUAAAAUAUUCGAUACAGU